AUGUCUAUACCAAGAUUCCUAAAAGUAACAUAUGGACCAUAUGAUAAUUAUAUUCCAGUCAGUGAAUUAAGCAAAAAAUCAUGGAAUCAGCAAUACUUUUCCCUGGCAUUUCCCAAACCACCAAGACCAGGAAAAAAACGGAGAUCACUACCUUCCCAGUUACGAAACAAUACAGCUCCUGUAAUUGAUGAAGAAAAAUUAGGAAUUCACAGACCACCAUUAUGGAUGCACCGUUCUCUGAUGAGAAUUUCCGAGAGACCAUCCGUUUAUUUAGCUGCCAGGAAGGGUCUUCCACCGAAACCAUCUCGUUCUGGCAAGGGGGAGUCUAAAGUAGCAAGCCCACACAAAAUUUCGUCUUCAGAGAAAACAAAGAAAGAAGAGAAAGUGAAAAAAGGUGAAUCUGAAGCCAAAGAGAAGACAGUGUCAAAGAAAACCAAGGAAGAAAGUGCCAAACAAGUUGCUAAGAAAAGUUCAAAGGAAUCCCAGAAGGAUAAGGUGUCAGUCUCAGAAUCUGACAGUGUAAAGGCUGAUAAAAAGAAAGAAGCCAAAAAAGGUAAGAAGGAACCAAAGGAUAAAGGAUCAGUCUCAGAAUCCGAAGGUGAAAAGGCUAGUGAGAAGAAAGAGGCCAAAAAAGGUAAAAAGGGGACAAAGGAUAAACUGUUACUCUCAGAGUCUGAAGGUGAAAAACCUGGCGAGAAGAAAGAUGCCAAAAAAGAUAAAAAAGGGACAAAGGAAAAAGAGAAAGCAGUCUCAGAAUCUGAAAGUGAAAAGCCUGGUGGGAAGAAAGAAGCCAAAAAAGGUAAGGAGCCAAAGGGUUCCAAGGAUACACCUGCAUAUUCAGAAGCUGACAAGCCUGGUGAAAAGAAAGGAAACAAACUUACUAAAAAGCCUUCAAAGAUCAAAGAGACACCUGUAGAUUCUGAAAGUGAGAAGGGAGGUUUAAAGAAAGAGGGCAAGAAAGAAAUCAAGAAGAAGGAAAAUAAAAAGGAAAAGAAGGCAGGAGAUUCAAAGGAGGAUGCUAAGAAAGACAAAAAAGACAAGAAGAAAGACAAGAAAGACUCUGCAGGUGAUUCCCCUGUUUCAAAGAAGGAGGAAAAGAAGGCAAAGAAAGAGAAGAAGGGAAAAAAGAAAGAAAGAAAGAAAGAAAGAAAGAAAGAGAAGAACUCCAAGAACGCUUGA